AUUAAAACUGCUGGGCGCAAGCGGCGAGGCACCAUUGCUGGGCGGCUGGCGCAGCUCGUCGCAUACGCCGCACGCGCCCGCCACGCCUGCGCCACACCACUCCCACAACCAUCUUGCGCACAACGCACCGCCUCACUGCAACGGCACCGACACCGGUAGCAGAGGAGGUCUCCGCCGGAGAUCGACGUACACGAGCGGGCGGUUGCGGUCAGGGCCGCACUGGUCGUUUGUGUUCGACCCCGCCGGCCGCCUGUGCUACUACUGGUCCAUGGUCGUCUCACUCGCCUUCCUUUAUAAUCUUUGGGUUAUAGUCUACAGAUUCGCUUUCCAGGAGAUCAACGGUGAAACACUUAUAGUGUGGUUCUGCCUGGACUAUUUUUCGGAUUUCUUAUACCUGGCGGAUAUUUUGUUUCACUUUCGCACGGGGUACCUGGAGGACGGCGUGCUGCAAACGGACGCGGCGAAGCUCCGCGCGCACUACAUGAACUCUACGGUGUUCUACAUCGACUGCCUCUGCCUGCUGCCUCUCGACUUCCUCUACCUCUCCAUCGGUUUCAAUUCGAUAUUGCGUUCGUUCCGCCUCGUGAAGAUAUAUCGUUUUUGGGCGUUCAUGGACCGCACCGAACGGCACACGAACUAUCCUAACUUGUUUAGAUCAACCAGUUUAAUUCAUUAUUUAUUAGUGAUAUUCCAUUGGAACGGGUGCUUGUACCAUAUAAUAUAUAAAAACAAUGGGUUCGGUAGUAAAAAUUGGGUGUACCAUGACACGGAGACGGCGGACGUGGUGAAACAGUAUCUGCAGAGUUAUUAUUGGUGCACGCUGGCGCUCACGACGAUAGGUGACUUGCCGCGGCCGCGCAGUAAAGGCGAGUACGUGUUCGUGAUAGCGCAGUUGCUGUUCGGGCUGUUGUUGUUCGCCACGGUGCUGGGCCACGUGGCUAACAUCGUCACCUCCGUCAGCACCGCCAGAAAGGAGUUUCAGGCGAAACUGGACGGUGUGAAGACGUAUAUGCGCAUGAGGCGAGUGCCAACGCACCUGCAGGUGAAGGUCAUCAAAUGGUUCGACUACCUGUGGCUGACACAAAAGUGCUCAGACGAGGAGAAGGCGGUUUCCUGUCUACCAGACAAACUGAAGGCUGAGAUUGCUAUUAACGUACAUCUCGACACCUUAAAAAGAGUGGAAAUCUUCCAGAAUACAGAAGCGGGCUUUCUAUGUGAGUUGGUCCUAAGGCUCAGGCCGGUGCUUUUUUCACCUGGUGAUUAUAUCUGUAGGAAAGGUGAAGUCGGCAAGGAAAUGUACAUAGUGAACCGAGGGAAGCUGCAGGUAGUUGGUGACAACGGGAAGACCGUCCUGGCAACUCUAAAAGCGGGUUCUUAUUUUGGCGAAAUUUCCAUUCUGAACAUGGGCACGGCAGGCAACCGUCGGACAGCGUCGGUGCGCUCCGUCGGCUACUCGGACCUAUUCGUGCUGAGCAAGAAAGACAUGUGGGACGUGUUGAAAGAGUAUCCGGCCGCCAGAGUUCGCCUCGAAGCCAUCGCCGUCAAGAGACUUGAGAAAUAUAAGAAAGCGCCACUAGAGAAAGUGGCAAUGGGGCGGUGUCAAUCGACGCCUGGGCUCGUGGAGACCAGCGGGCGCGUGCCCAUAGAGGAGAUGCAGCUCCCGCCCGCGCCGGUGCCGCCCCCCCUGCACUCCUCACACCCGCCUUCCUACCGGGACCAGCUUUAUAGUUCGUCAGUAAGCCCUCUUCGUGUAGCAUCUCCCGUAGCGUCGUGCGCGUCGAGCGCGCGGAGUAGUGCGGCGGGCGGCGGCAGCGUCGCGGCCGGCAGUCUCGCGCCGCGUGUGCUGCUCGACUCGCACGAGGCGCUCGAGUGCGAGAUUAAGCGUUUGCGCGAGCGACUCUACACGGUCGAAACAGAGAACGCCGCCAUGUCAGCCAAACUCAGCCAGCAGCAGUGGGAGGUCGACCAAAGGUUGCAAGAGAUCGAAAUGCAGAUAUGUGGCGGCAGUUCGUUGAGCUCCCAGGAAGACAACGAGCGCAACCGCGAGAGCAUCAUUUAACGGCGCGCCAUAGCCGAGCGGCCGCGGGCGCGCCCGCUGUCCUUGCCGCCUCUCCCGGUGCUGCGGCUCUCUGCCGUUUACUGACAGCCGGGCCCGCUGUCGCCCCCGCGCCACCCGCGCCCGCCGCACAACUCUCUCCGGCUGCCGAUCUGUGUCCACUCGUGUUACUCGCCUUGUUGUCUCGUACUCUGGUGACCUCUGUGAACUAUGAAUGUACCGUGAACAUUUAGUGUUUUUAUGAAUAAUAUUAUUAUGGAGUAUUUAAAUACGAAUUAACUUUAUCAAAUUUAUAUAUAUAUAUACGACUCGCUGAUAUUUGACGAGUGUCGUGGAGUGAGAUUUUGCUGAGACAAUAUUAUCUUAAAUUUAAAAUUGUUUAGGUACAUCAAGGUGUUUAGUGUGUGUGGUGUACGCGCGACGUGGAUGGCGCGCGUGACGCGUCCCAUGGCGCGCCGCGCUGCGCCGACUCGCCGCGCCGUCUGCGCAGUUUGUACUCGAUAUAUUGCUUCUUCAGUUCGAGAGUUUUCUUCACGUUGCGUUGUCCAUUCUUUGUCUGUUGUAUCGUGAACUGAGUCCAUGACUCGGUUUCCCGCAGGACGUUUGAUUUAUGGAUUCUUCAAUAUUGUUGAAGUGGCUAUAGUUAUUUCCUCAGUACUAACUAAUUUGUUGUUAUCUAUUUGGGUGUCCGCUAAAGUUAUUUAUGUACAGCGAAGUAAUUCACUGUCGAGUUAGUGCGUUUGUGUACAAAAGUUAUCGUGUAGCGUGUAAUCAAUAUUGGUUCCGAGUGACAAUAACGGGCUCAGUGAACAUGCUGUGUGUAAGGUUUUUAUGUUAACUCAUAAAUAGAAGAGGAAAUGGAUAUUUUCUUAUCCAUUCAAUUUGAGCUUUAAUUAUUGUAAUAUCCCGGAAGACUUGAAAUACAUUAUUAUACCAAACCGAUUUACGAUCAAGUUACGUUUACACUGACCUUCAUUUUGUUCAUUAAGAAGUCUAGGGAAUAGUUAUUUUAUUGUCUCUAAAUUUCUUAUAAACUAUGUAUAUUCGAAAAUAUAAUAUUAUUACGAUUCUUAAACAAUUUUGUCAGUUUAAAGAAGACAUAAAUCGAAAAUAGUGUGUUGUAAUUUGUUAUAUAAAAUUGAUUAUUACCUAUGUAUUAAGGAGACGUAGCUUAAAACUGGUAACAUGUCAGUUUUCGUAAUUUAAAGAUUACUACUGCCAUAUAAGAAUUAAGUAGAUAAAAUGUUUUAAUGUAAAAAUAUUGAUGACGACUAAAUAACAUUUUGUACUUGUAUUCUUUCUAUUUAUCUAAAUUUGUUUUAAAAUCGUUACAUUAAUGUGUCUACAUAAAUGAAUUUUAUUGUUGAAGCUUCACCGUUCCUUUGAACAGAGUUCCUUUAAUAGUAUUCAUUUCACUCGUGUAUUAAGAAACAAAACAAUACCAAAAAUGUGGAAGUAAAAUAUUGUAAUUCAACACUAAGUAAAUUGUAAAUACUUAUUCUAAUAUCUAUGAUACGUGUUUGUAAGCUGUUUUCAUUGAUACUGUAAUUUGUUUUAAAAGCCAAAGUUACCCGAAGGAUUGUUGGAAGGAUUGGAGCGCGGCUUUGUUGAGGGAUCAUGAUUUGUUUUUAUGGUAAACAAGCGGUCAGGUGGCAGCACGCGGCGCCCUGCUCUUCGCUGGGUCGCGGCGCCUACCGCCCAGUACCAUGCUCUAUUACUUGCAAUCUACAUAUACAUUGUAACGGUACUGCGCUACGUGCGUUGCCUCACUCGACUGCAUGCAGUUUACUUCUGCUUACAUACUCGUUAAUAAGUUAUCAAUUGUUUCGGUCACUAUUUAUUUUAAUAACGCCCCGGGAUAAUAGAUAGGCGAUAAAAUUUUUAACUGUAAAUAAAAUAUUUAUUUAUUGUUAUUAUAUUCCAUAAAUUUUUCUUCUUACAUAUUUCUCAAUUGUAAAAUUAUGAAAGAGAUGCAUUAUGCGAUGAAUAAUUAUAUAUUUAACGAGGACGCAAGUGCUUUUUAUCAUAUUAACUGUAAGCUUGUCAUUCUACGAUAGUGUAGCGGCGCGGGGUAAAAAAGAGCAGCGAUUUAUUUUGUUCAUAUUUUCCAAAUAUAAUUAUAUUCAUUGUUUGGCCACACGAUUAAUAAAAAUAUAUUAUACUUAUUGAUUAUUGUUCUCGCAGCGUUGUUAAUGUGUUAUCUCGACGACGCGGCACUGACAUUGAACGCUGUGCUCUUUCACCCCCUGCCGCACGUCGGACCACAGUUUGCUGUCAGCAGACGAUCAUACGGAUUGUAAUUCCUUUUGUAAUAAUUAUAAUAAGUGCUAUUUAUGAACUUCACACAAGUGGAAGUCAACGGAACGCGGUAAUUGUAUGAGUAUUAUUUAAAAUGGUGUCGGAACGCGGUUCGGUAGUUUUGCAGUAACCAGGCUUGUGCAUCUUAAAUUGGAAAUUCAAUUAUGUAUCGCACAUGAUUCAUUUUAUUGUUAAUAAAAAGAU